UGUUGAAUCUCUAAGCCAGGAAAUUGAACCCGGACACUGUGUGUUUCUUGAUCAGGCCAUUGGUCGGAAGACUAAGAGAGCUAGGUACAAACGUUCUAUGACGGAGUGGUUGGUCAUCCGAGUGGAAUUUGCCAUCUUCCUCUUGUAAGUCCCUUUAUUGAAAAACUGCGAGAUGCCUUUAAAGAAAACACCUCACCCUUGGGAGAGCCUCAUCAUUUCUGUAGGGACCGUAGUCCCUAUUGAGGGCCCGUGGUUGAGCAACAGGGCCGAAAGCCUUAUGUAUUGCUCAUGGGAAGGUGACGUUAUCAACCUGAGUACGUUUCCCGAAGUGAUUCUGGUUAACGAGGCUGGUUUACUCCACGCGUCGGUUGCCUUAGCUACAGAUUACCACUGCUGGCGUAGUGAAGAAAAACACUGUCGGUGUAAAUAAGUGGUCAUGGCAACGCUACGCAAGGACUCGGAAAAUUGCAAACAGCUGAUUUUAAUCAUCAUUCCUUGAUUGGCGACCAUCGAUAGGUCACAAGACAUCAAGGGUGCAAAGGAAACCGGCAACACUCUUCCAUUAUGCUUCCGUCCAUAAAAGAAUAACAAUUAUACCUAAGUUAAGUUUUCAGGUAUGCAAACGGAAACAUACUUGUUCAUUUAGUUAUAGAAUUAAACCUAA